UGCUUACCAGCAUUAUUUUACACAUGGGUGUCUUUCCCUGUUGAAUAUACAUUUAUUUUUCAAAUAGUAAUGUAGAUGUGUAAAACAAAAUGAAAUCCCCUGUCUUUAAUGAUUGAUCAAAAUGUCAACAUGUAUCAAGGUUGCAGUCCAAGUCCAGGCAGCCUCUUUUAUUCAUAACAAUUACUGGAUCUGCACAUGGGGCGUCUAUCCUUUGGAUUGGAUUGGUUUCAGAUGUAAUCAGCUUUUUAUUUUGAACUGUGAGUUCAAAUAGCCUGGUGGAUUUAAAAGCAUGUGAUCUACUUUGAAGACACAAUAUGAUCUUCAUUACUGCUGAAAAACUACAUUUUGUUUUUUAUUUGUCAAUAGGUCUACUGAGUCUACCACUGCUUAAAGAAUGUGACAAAAUUAGGCUGGUCGGGCCUUCCCGUUGCUCUGGUAGACUUGAGGUCUACCACAGUGACAGUUGGGGAACGGUGUGUGAUGAUCACUGGAGCCGUGGUGUGUCGAGAGCUAAACUGUGGGACAGUUCUUGAGGCAAAAAAAGGCGCCUUUUUUGGAGAGGGACAGAACAGGAUCUGGUUGGAUGAUGUUCAGUGUACUGGUCAUGAGCCUUCUAUCCUCAAGUGCUCACACAGAUCAAUGGGGGAAAAUAACUGUGGCCACGCUGAAGAUGCGGGGGUUGUCUGUUCAGAAUAUGUGAGAGUGGUCAACGGAAGCAAUCAAUGCAGUGGUUGAGUGGAAGUCCACCAUGAUGGCAACUGGAAACGAGUGUGUAAUGACUGGACCAAGGCAGACGCUGACAUGGUGUGCCGAGAGAUUAACUGUGGCACUCCUGUCGAUCAGGCUGAAGUGCUAUAUUUUGGAGAGACACAUGACCUGGGUGGCGUCAAACCCAAGUGCUUUGGGAAUGAGAGUUCUCUCUCACAGUGCAGACUUCAGGAAUUCAAGGAAAGCUGUGUCGAUGCUACUGUUGUCUGUACAAACAAUAUACUACUUCGGCUGAUGAACGGGACUAGUCGGUGCUCUGGUCGAGUGGAAGUCUACCACAAUGGACAGUGGGGAACGGUUUGUGAUGACAAAUGGGGGAUGCAGGAAGCAGAUGUUGUAUGUCGAGAGAUGAACUGUGGGAAUGCUCUCUCAGUCAAGGACAAGGCGUUUUUUGGCAGAGGUCAGGAUCAGGUUUGGUUGAACGAUGUUGAGUGUACUGGUCAUGAGAAGUCUCUUGCUCACUGCUCUCACAGAGGUUUUGGAGUACACAACUGUGGCCACAAUGAAGAUGCUAGUGUUGUAUGCUCAGAUUCAGUCAGAUUGUUCAGUGGGACUGACCGCUGCUCUGGCAGAGUGGAGGUCUUCCACAAUGGCCAAUUUGGGAAAAUUUGUAAUAACUGGGGCAAUAAAGAUGCUGCAGUGGUGUGUAAGGAACUCAAUUGUGGCCCUCCAAAACCAUCUCAAGAAAGCUUAAAUUUUGGUGACAGUGGACUGAGAGCCUAUACAAGUAGAUGCUCUGGCAAUGUGACCUCUAUCUCCCAAUGCACACUUCAAGAAUUGACAGGGAGAUGUGAAGGUGUUUCUCUUUCAUGUGGAGGUAAUCCAACACUAAGGCUUGUCAAUGGCACUGAUAGAUGUUCUGGUAGAGUGGAGGUUCAGCAUGACAGCCAGUGGGGAACAGUGUGUGAUGACGAGUGGGACAUCAAAGAUGCUCAGGUGGUGUGCAGAGCCAUGGACUGUGGAACAGCUAAGACAGCCAAAUCCAGUUCCUUCUUUGGUCAAGGCCAAGGAGAUAUCUAGGCUGUAUCGGUAAUGAGACGUCUCUUAUGCACUGCCAACAUUCCCCCCUCGGAGAAAAUAACUGUGGUCAUGGGGAGGAUGCCGGUGUGGUGUGCUCAGCUAAAAUUAGACUGAUCAAUGGGACUGACCAGUGCUCAGACAGGGUGAAGUUCCACCACGGUGGCCAAUGGUCAGCAGCAUAUAAUCUUAACUGGGGAAUGAAUGAAGCUGCAGUGGUGUGCAGAGAGAUGAAUUGUGGAGAUCCUGUCAAGUUCUCAGGAUCAUAUGGUCAGGGCAGACAUCCAAGAGGGUAUAUGAUCAGUUGUAGCGGUACAGAGAGCUCUCUCACACUGUGCACACUGAGAGAAUAUGUCAGGACCGGGCACGAUCGCUUUGAAGAGGCAUCUGUCGAAUGUUCAGGUAAUGUGAAGUUGUCUGAUGGGCCCAGUCAAUGUGCUGGAAGAGUGGAGUUCUACGACAAAGGCCAGUGGGGGAAUGUGUGUGGUGAAUCCUGGGAUGUGAAUGAUGCAAAUGUGGUGUGCAAACAGCUGGACUGUGGGAGGACUCAUAAAAUCACUGUGGAUGAGUAUGGCCAUGGCACGGGACAGACCUGGAUUGAUCAAAUUGAAUGCAAUGGAUUAGAGUCAACACUGAGUCAGUGCCCACAAAGACCAUUUAGAGACAAAACUUGCAACACAAGCUUAGUUGCUGGUGUUGUGUGCACAGGUAAGAAAAAGCAUACAAAAAUGACUAAAGAUAAUACAGUCUUGUUUGUUGUUCAGUUGUAUCGCUUACAUAACUAUGUCAAUUUCAUGUAUGGCUUUUUUUACAAAACUUGUUUCUAUAUAUUGCCACUUUCAAUCUCAUUCCCACAUGGCUUGACAGAAAAGUUCACACUUACUUGGUGUUUCAAACACAUCUUCUGGUCUUCCUCUGCAGAAACAGUAGAGUUGCUCAGUUGUCAUGAAGAUGGUUUAGUCGUUAUUACAUACCUACGUGUGGAAUUUCGGUCAUGUGAUAAUAGGGACUUGUAAAUGCUGGGGGGCGUAACUCCUGCCACUGGUCAAAGAUCAAGAAUGACUUUUCAACCGGAACACAGUUUUUUCAUUGCUCUCAGUGUGACAUUCAGUGUCCACAUUAAUUUCAUGAAUACUUUUUAAAUCCCUCAAUUCAUCAUAUGAAAGAAAGCAAAGAAAAAAUAGAUUGUCUCACUCUGCCUAUUAAGGCUGUAUUAAAGCUAUGCUUGAAUAAAUUAAUAUAACUGAUGCAGGUAACUUUUCUACUGAUUAGUGUUUUAUGAGCACAUCACAGGUUCUUAUAUUAUGUAGAAACCCUCAUACAUGCUGUCAUUACCUCCCGUUUGGACUACUGCAAUGGAGUCCUGUCUGGGGUCCCCAGCAAAACCCUAAACAGGCUCCAGUACGUCCAAAACUCUGCCGCCAGGGUCCUCACCCACACCAAGACGUGGCAGCACAUCACCCCAACCCUCAACCACCUUCACUGGCUCCCAAUUAAGUCCUGCAUCAAAUAUAAAAUCCUCCUCACCUACAAAUCCCUCCAUGCCCUGGCCCCACAGUACCUCUCCGACCAGUGGAUCAGUAGUGGAAGCUAGCAAUUCAUGUUUUGACAAUGUGAUGUCUCUUCAGCAAUGCUCACUCAAAGGUUUCAGAGGAGCAAGAUGUGGACACGAACAUGAUGCUUCUGCUCUAUGCGCUGGUAAUAGCUUUUAAUUUAUGUGUUCGAAAUUCUCUCAUGCAGUUGGACAAAUAUGAUAUCACCAGCAUUUUGUUUCACAAAUGUAUACUGUUUACACAAGUAAAAACAGUGGAGUGGAAAAUAAUUACACAUACUUAAUAAAGUGCAAUCAUCCCUUAAA